UUAGCAGACUUGAAGACAUGCUAACAUGGAUAUGGUGAAAAUUAGGAAAUGUAUCUCUUUCUAUUAUGAAAUUUGCCAACUAUUAAAACAUUAAUUUUACCGGAAAACUCUACAGUAUAUAAGUAGACCUCUAUAUGGACCAUAGGUUUAUGCUUAUCAACUUGGCUCUUGGAAAAUCAUGUCAUUUUUAAAAAAGCGCCAGUAUAAGGAGAUUCUUAAUGACCGUGAUAGCCAAAAUUCACUAUUAGAAGAUACAAGACCUCGUUCCAUAAAUAAAUCCAAUACAAUAGUACAUUCAAAGAAAGGUUCUGGAUUUUCUGCUGGAUCCAUAGUGCGGAUAAAGUUAAAUAAAUUCUUGUAAGUUAAAUUCAUUUUAAAAUUAUAAUUGUUUUUUAAAAUAAUAAUAUUUCCAAUAAUUUAUAAAUGUUAUCAUUAUUAUUUUUAAAAAUGAAUGUACCAUUUAAUUCUUACAUGUAAGUAAAAAAUUACUUCCAGUUUGCCAUGUAAGUUUCAUUGAAACUUUAAUGGUAAUUGAAUUAUUAUGUUUAAAGACCCUUGUCUGCCUAUAUGUGUGUUGGAUAAACUUAAAAAUAUAUGAUUUGCUGUAAGUUGUUACACUCACUUAUUCCUUCUUUUUGUUGCUAGUAGUGCAUAGGCCUUUCAGAAAUUCUUUCCAUUUAUCUCUGUUCUCAGCGAUUCUUUUCAGCUCAUUCCACUUUUGCAGAUUCUCUCAUUCUCUCUACCACGGUCCCUUCUCUAUGUGAAGUCACAUAAGGGAAAAAAUAAUGUGAAUGUAUCAACUAAAACUAUUACUUCUGUUUAUAAACAAAACAUAACAGUGCUAUCAAAGUGUUUAGGUUUUAAUUAUAUAUUUAUAAUUUAUCUUUCCACACAGAACAUAUGAUUCAACUGAAGUUACUCCUGGGCCUUUUUUAAAUAUUUUGAUUGGACCAAAUGGCACUGGCAAGUCUGCAGUUGUUUGUGCCAUUUGUUUGGGUUUGGCUGGAAAAACAAACUGGCUAGGUCGAGCCAGUGACCCCAAAGAUUUUAUUAGAUAUGGAGCAGAUAAAGCAACAAUUGAAAUUGAACUGUAUGUAUUCCAGUAUUAUUUGUGUUAGUGUAAAAAGUAUAUAGUAAAUGAUAAUUGCUUAGUAAUGACACAUUUUAAUCGUGGAAGAAAAAUUGUAUGUUUGUUACGUUAUUUAGUAUUGUUAAAAUAUAUCAAAAUUAUGAAUCUUUAGUAUGUUAAAAUAUAUAAAAAUGGUGAACCUUUAACUUAUCAGUUAUUUAAUAUUUCAGAUUUAAUCCAUAUGAUGAAAGUAAUUAUAAUGUCAAAAGAGAAAUUAACAAAAAGGCAUCUCAUUGGUGGAUAAAUGGAAGAACAACAACACAGAAAGCUGUAAGUUUUAAAGGAAAACUUUUGUUCUCUUAAAUUUUGUCGCUGUCAAGUGAAAUAAUCAGUACUGCUUGAAGCUUAAUUAUUGGCUUACUUCUGCUGUAAACCUGAUAAAUAUUUGGAUAUUAUUAUUUUAUCACAGAGAGAAAUUAAUUAUUCUGCCAUGAAUUUGAUAAAUUAGUGGAAAAUGUUUUCUGAUCAUUGAAAAAAUAAAUUAUUGCAGGUGGAAGAACUGGUGGCUGGUCUAAAUAUUCAAGUUGGAAAUUUAUGCCAGUUUCUACCUCAAGAGAAGGUUGCAGACUUUGCACGGAUGUCACAACAGGAAUUACUAGAAAACACAGAAAAAGCUGUAUGUUUGAACAUUUGUGGUUAUCAGAUCAUUGAUGUGUUAGUUUUUAAAUGAUUGCAUUUAGUCAGUGAUGUUAAACCUUAAAAUAACUUACUUACAUUAAUUUAAUAUUUGGUUAACCAAAUUAUUGUACAAGAGUUAACUAUUAUGAAUCCAACUGAUUGUUGACUUAAAUUCUGUUUUGUUGAUUCUGUUUGAUCUCCAUUUAUAAUAAAUUUUCAUUUGACGAAUUUCUAAAUAUUUCUAAAUAUUUCAAAAGGUUGGUAAGGCUAACUUAUAUGAAAAUCACCAAAAGCUAAAGGGAGCUCGAGAAGAGGCCAGGUUUCUAGAACAAGAUGUCGGCAAGCUUCGGACUGAGUUGGAUCAGGAAAAACAGAAAAAUGCCAGGCUGGAAGAAGAUGUCAAAUCUUUCCAUGAUAGAAAAAAUUUCUUACAGAAAGUUGGAGUUCUCAAAAUGAAAAAGCCUUGGUUGGUGAGUAUUAGAUUUUAUUUUGUCCACUUGACUUAAACCUCAAAGUUCCAGUUUUGGAAAUCACAUAUGGCUUUCAAAUGAUACUUGUAUUUUGCAUUAAUUUUUUUUCAGCUGAAUUAAAUACACUUUAAAUGGAAACAUUAACCAUAAUGUUUUGAAAAGGUUAAUAUUAGUUUAUUCCUGACUAAGUCUCAUUCAAAUGUUUAGAUCAGUGGUUCUCAAAUAUGUUCUGGCUACAUCUCCCUUGGUGCUAUUAUUCACACCUAGGGCCAAUUAUAAGCAUUUUUGGAAUAGUUGUCAACACAAUCCUCUAAGGUAGUUAGCCAAAAAAUAAAAUGAAGUAUUUAUAAUUAAAAGUUUAAGCAGAAUAACAAUUUAGCUUUGUUAAUCAAGUGAUACCCGCAGUGUAAGAAAUUAGAAUAAUUAUUGAGCAAGAUUUUUAGAUAUUACACUUUUUAAUUGAACUUUUAAGUGAUAAAUUAUUCGCUUUGCUAUGCGUGGCCUUGGUGAAUAGUUAUUAUGUUUUAAUGUCUGGUUUUGUAGAAUCACCAUUUUUAGAAAUGUGGAGUUUAUUGCUUUUGCAUUGGAUUAAAGUUGGACCAUAACAAAUACAUUGCUAAAAAUGCAACAAGGAGGACGGUAACAACAUUUGUAAGGUUUAUAUAACAAUAUGAAAUUUUUCAUCUUUGUCCAAACGCUCUUUAAAAUUUCUUAAACUUUGACAUUAGUUUAAAAUUCUGGACACCAACUGCCUUAGUAUUUGAAAAUGGAUUUAUACCCCAUUUGGAAUUUCAGUAAAAAUAAUUGUUUAGACAUACAGUAGAGCAUCAAUUUUUUCAAACGCAGCGUUUACGAAGCGUUGGUUAUCCGAACUGCAACUAUCUUUAUUAAUUCUUAUUAUUGACAGUGCACAUGUCAUGGAUCAGUACACAAUUCACAUGUCAUGGAUCAGUACUCAAUUCACAUGUCAUGGAUCCGUAAACAAGGCACAUGUCAUGGAUCAACUGCAUACAAACACUGGAAAACAAUUCCGACCCCUUUCGAACAGUGUUUUUAGACUGGGUUAAUGCGAUCUGCAACUUGUAACUUACUGGUAAUAUAGAUUGCAUAAUAAAUGCCUUAAAAAAAGUGACCUCGGAUAUUAUUCUAAGUGCCAGUCAACUAUUUUUGGAAAAGACCUGGCAGAAGAAAAAAUCCAGUCCUCCUGGUUUUUGACGUUAAUCAGCUGACUCUGAUACACCGUGCUGUAUGGUUAAUAGUACGCUGCAAUAGUGACUACAAUAAAGCACCAUACAUGUAAAACUACCAGGUGAAAAUAUAUUUUAUUCUAAGCACCAACUGCUUUAGUGCAACAUCUCAGUGGGAGUAUUUGCUUAUCCUAAUUUGCUUAAAUCCUGAAAAACAACAAUCCCAAUUAGUGCGUAAAAUUGCUGCUCUACUAUAUCUUGAUGUGGCAUAUCAGAGAGGUAUCGAAACAGUAACCACAAAUAAAUUCAACUGAAAACCUCCCAUUAACAAUCAAUGAUAUUUUCACCACGAGACUAGUCAGACUUAACUAUUUCUGCAUCCGCUGAAUGUGUGUAAAAUCUUUAUAUUUUGCUCAACAUGUCCCACCACUCAAACACUGUCAACUUUGAAAACCACUGGCCUAGAUUUCCAGUUUUUGACAAUUUAUAUGUGUUCUAGUUUCGUAUGAUCAUAUUCUACUUUAGUUUUCAUAUAAUGAUUUUAUUUGUUUGUUCCCUUCUAUUUCAACUACAGUUGUAUUUCAUUUCACGUUAUAAAGGGUAUUAAUGGUGGUAUUUAUUAUUUAGAAUACAUAAAUUUAGUAUGACAUAACUUAUUAACUAUCAUUUUCAAAGCAUAUUUUCUUUAUUCAACAGGAAUACCAAGUCUUAAAGGAUCAGUUUGAACGAGGAAAAUCAGAAAGAGAUAAAAAAACAGAAGCAUUAAAGCAAGAGAAAAAACACUUGCUCCCUCUAGAGAAGAAAUUUGAGACCCUCAAAGUGGAAAAAGAUAAACUGGAAAAAGAUACAAGAGAAAUGGUAAGAAUUUUAGAUAUUUAACCCUGAUAAAUUACAUUUGUAAAAGUCAACUGCAAAAAAAUUAAUUCUUACCUUUUUGGUGGCUUGACAAUUAAUGCUUUAUCUCUUUUAAAUCAGGGUACUGCCAUGAUGUUUUAAUGUGGUUCAAGACCUUAAAAAGUUAGAUAACUGGAACAUUCUCAAUUUAAAAAUAGUACUUUAUUCUUCAUUAACCACACUAAAACUUCUCAGAAAAUAUAUCAUCUGUUUUUUUAUAACAGAUUGGUUAACUCUAUUUUAUAUACAUUUCACCUUUCUGAUUCAUAUUUCCUGAAUUAUAUUUAAUUUAUGUAAAUUCAACUGGUGUAGUUAAAAAAAAAAAUAAGUUUAAAGAUAUUUUUAAACACCUAACAUAUAAAUGAAGUUUCAUGAAACCAUAACAAAUAAGGCUUAAAAUAAUUUAUAAAAACCUGUCAUAAAUAUUAAAUUCUUCCAUCCAUGUAAAAUAUUUUAUUUUUUCAGUCGCAAAAGAUCCGGUCAAAAGCAAAAGAUUUAGCAGAACAAAGUCAGACAAUGAAUAAUAAAACAGAAAAGGUAAAUUUAUCUUUUUGAGCAAUAAAAUAUUUAAAAAACUGCACAUCUUCUAAAAAUAAAUCAUUCUACUUCUAUCAUAUUUUUGGAUAAUAAAUGUGUUUAUUAAAUUCCCAAUUUAAUUCCUUAAAAAAAUGUACAUUUUAUGCUCUAGGAAGUUUCAAAUAAAUAGUUAUUAAUAAAAAGCAAAUGACAAAAAAAAUUAAUAUGUGAUUUAUUCCUUUGUAACACUGAUAUUAAUAUUUUUAUAUCUGUAUUUCAGAUAGAUGAGGCACAAAAUGAUUUUGAUUUAAAGUUAAAAGAUGAAGAAGCAAGAAAGAAAAAGUAAUUAACACUCUUCUCUUAUGAAAUAUUAUUUUUAAAGGCUGUAAUGCCAUUAAAUUGAUUACCAUUAAUAUAACUUACAUUAGUUUUUCUUUAGUUUACUUAUGAAAUUUGGUUUUGUUAUAGACUUAAUGAUCUUCAAGAACAACUGAAAGCCCUUGAAUUGGGCUUGGCACAGAUGGACGGCACUGAUGCUCUCAAAAUAGCUGUCAGUAAUUAUUCUCGUCAUGUUUGUUGGAUUAAAUUGAUGCUGUCAUGUUACAUUGCGACUCACCAAGCUACACAAUUAAAAUAAAACAUUACAUGGUGGUCCAAUAAUGUUUUCUAUCUUUCUUUGAGUUUUUAAAGCGUUUUUCUAAAACCAGAAUUAACUUUCAAUCCUUUGUCUCAAUUAUUUAACUUAAAAAAAUUCUACCAUUUAAAAAACACAUCAACAUUAUCAAACACAUGAUAAUUUUUUCCAUACAUCUGCAUGAUGUCAGUUUUAUGGACUUCAUAAGAUAACAUUUGAAUUUUAUGUUAAUGUAAUCCAUCUUUUAAAAAAUCCAUUAAUUAGCAUACUUUAAUGAUUUGCUUAUCACCACCAUUCUUUUUGUAACUUAAUUUCAUCUCCAGAAAAACAUAGAAAAGGUAAAUGAGGACAUAAGAAAUGUCAGUGUUGAAAUUACAUCAGUGCAGACACACGGCCAAACUUUAUAUGCUGAGAUUAAUGCAAUAAAAGCUGAGAUUAGAGGUACUGAAUUAUUAAGCAUCAAGCACCACAAAAAAAAACAAAAAACAGCAAGUUUUUAAUCUUAUUUUUACAUAAUUAAAGAAAAUAUUAAAAAUGUUUCUUAAGUUACAUUCACUAUGUUUUAAUUGUUUAAAUUAAAAACCAACACUUUUAAUUUGCACUGACGUUAAAGACUAGGAUAGAAAUGCUGGAAUUAAUUAUAAGUAAAUACCAUAUGUUGAUCCAAUUUUUAAUUUCUCUCUUUCAUUAGAAAGUGAUAAUCAGCUGUGUAAAAUUCAAGAUGUUAACAACAGACGGCUCGGGACUCUUCGUGCCUUACAUGCUAAUACUCAUGAAGCGGUUUUGUGGCUCCGAGCAAAUAAGUCAUUGUUUAAACACACAAUCCAUGAACCUAUGAUAAUAAGUGUAAGUAUUCUAACCUUUUUCUUAAACUUAGUUCAAAGCUUUAGGAAGCGUCACUCAGUCACAUCUUGCAUCUAUUUUUGUUCACAAUUAUUUUUUAAAGGAAAAAACAUUCGAUUUAAUUAUUUUAAAAAUAAAUUGUAAGCUUCUAUUAUUUGUAAUCAAGUUAAAAUAUUUGAACUGAAAUAGGCUGCAGUAUCAUAUCUUCAAAUAAGUUAUGAACAUUAUUGUCAUGGUGUGAUGAACAACUGAUGGCACCCAUUUUUGAGAGAAUAAAAUUGAUUUAAUACUAUUUCUUUAGUUGAAUGUGAUGAAACCAGAGGAUGCCAGUCUGGUAGAGUCUCACAUUUCUUUCAAUGACCUGAGAUCUUUUGUCUGUGAGGACCCAGAGGAUUUGGAUCUGUUCAUGAAGGAAGUAAAAACCAAGCUUAAACUGAAUAUCAAUGCCGUGAGGGCCCCAGCACAGCCUAUCAGCUUCUUUCAACCAAGAUAUCCUAUAAGCCAUUAUAAGUAAGAGAGAAAUCUUAAUUUCAAUAAAUAUUUUUAAAUUACAGAAAUGUCUGACUAAAGCCAAAGUGAAUGUUUCCCCUCUCCCACACACCUUACCCGCAGCCUCUGUUGUUCCCUGCCUAGGCCAUGUGUGGCAUGCAUCACAUAGUUUUAUACAUAUAAAUUUGUACGGUACCAACUUGUUUUAAGAUGUUCAUAAUGAGAACAUGAAGACUAUGAAUACUUUCUGCUGUUACAUCUGCAAGUUAGGACCAUGGCUAACUGCUAGACUUCAUAAUGCCAUCACUUUUGUUCUUAUAAGAAUAUAAUAACUAAAUCAUUUUAAAAAUAUACCGGUCAUAACUUUUUUUUUUAUAUCAUUGUUAUAAAAUGUUGUUCUUACCUCCAAAACAAAAACUUUGUAUUUUUGUAGAUUUGCUAUGACAAAAUAAAUUUCCUUAAAUAAUUUUAGCAAAUUUAAGAAUUAUAUAUAUAAUAUCUUGAACUGUUACAUACCUGCAGCACUUAAUAUAAUUAUAUAUGAUUAAUGGAUAUGUAAACCCUCAUACGUUAGUAGAAUUUGAAUAUAUUUGAUAUCAAAUAGACUUCACAUUCUUUUUUCUUAGCAAGUAUGGAUUUGAGAGGUAUAUGCAAAGUUUGUUUACCUGCCCUGAUGCUGUGAUGAGUUAUCUUUGUCUGAUGUACCAGGUUCAUUCAAUUCCCAUUGGUUCUGAUGCUAUUAAACAAAACACAGAGCGUAUUAUAGCCGAGUGUUCAGAGUUAAAUAGAUUCUAUGCUCCAAAUGUACAG